AUGGAAGGAUUUUGUUCAUUUUCAGCAAUUACAGGUGGCAAAUGCGGAUUUAGUCGAGGAAAUACCGAAUGUAUAGCGCUAAAUAGCUGUGACGGCGAUAUCGGUUUGCAUCUAGCAAAUCACCACCUGUCGAGAGAAAAUGUACGUGAAAGGAAUCUGAUACUGGCACGAGCAGGUUUGUUAGAACUCUCAGAAGAACAGAUAAAGAACAUGACAGUUUGUCCAGCUCAUCGGUUUAGCUUAGGAAAGUACUGGCAAGCUCCCAAGACCUGUCAGUAUCCAAGACAUCAAGGAAAGAAAACGGCCGUCACAGGAACACAUGUCAUUAAUUUCAAGCUGGCCAGGGAAAUUAAAAACAUAUUUGGCGAUGCAACACUCGUUGGAUCGCGUAAGUGUUACAUUCAUAAUUCCAGGAGUCUACAUGUAAAGUUACAGGGCUGAGAAUAUGUGUUUAAUGAUAAAGCUAUUUCUUACAUAAAGUCUGCUUUUUGUGGGCGUGCGUAUGACAACUUUUACUACACGAUCAAGCGUGCGUCACAUGAAAGAAAAAAAUUAGUUGUGACCAAAGCCAGUUUAUGAAAAGAGACUUAAAUGAAAAAACCGGAGCAGUAAUCUACCAGUGAGUACAACGUUUUUGUCACACCACUAUACGUAACAAGUAAAAGUGGCUUUCAUUUGACAAGUGUGAUCGCCGGGCAAAUUCCUUAAAAUUAAUUACAUACUGCUGACUACAAAUGGCCUUAUGAACUCACGAAAUUGUCGGAAUUUGCCACGCGUUAUUUUCUCUUUUUAAGGGGGUGAUUACAUGGCGAAUUUCAGCCCGGGCUGAGAUUUCAGCCCGGUUAGCCGGGUUGAGAUUUCAUCCCGGUUAGCCGGGUUGAGAUUUCAUCCCGGGUUCUGAAAGAAAUCCUCUUGAAAUAAAAGUAACAAUUACAUAGAGAAGGUUUCUGCUUGGGCUGACAUUCAGCCCGGGCUGGAAAUCCUAGCCCCGUUUCAAAAAGCGGGCUAGGAUUUUCAGCCCAGGCUGGAAGGCUGAAAAACCUCAUGUAAUCGCAGUAAAAUUUAAGCCUGGGUUGAAACGUGAGUUUGAGCAGGCGCAUUGACGGAAUAUUCAACGAAACAAAAUGGCGGCAAUGGAAAAAUUGUGCUUAAACCCGGGCUGAAACUCGCCAUGUAAUCGCAACAAAAUUUCACCCUGGAGAGCGGGCUGGAAUUUCAGCCCAUGGCUGAAAUUCCUCAUGUAAUAACCCCCUAAGUUUCUUUCUAAAACUACAUUUCUCUCGAAAGACUUCCUUGGCACGUCCUUUUGGCUCACUGGACUCCCGCCAAAAUCUAAUAUUUUGCUUUUGAGAACAUGAGCAUAAAACGUGCUCAAUUUUUUGGUACAACAUUUGUGUAUUCAGUUUUCUAAGAAAUAAUUUAGAGUUUUCUUACUAGUUCGUUUUCGGUGAGUGCACAGGGUGUGGACAAUAAUCAUGUUGUCUUCACAAAAAAGGGAAAAUAAUUUAAGAUUCCAGUGAAAAGUUUUGCCAGGAGACGCUGCAACUUUUUAGGACUAUCUAACAUUUGUCUUUUCUUAAUAGCCAUCUGCACAACACGCAGGAAAAAACAUAACAAAGAAGUAGCCGAAAAGAAAGACUGGCUAUACCCCGAGGAACCUAAAGAAAAGGACCCCCUACAAAGGUGUGUAUGUAAAGUCUGCGUUAAAGCUAAAUAA